AUGGCACGAGAAAGGGCCCUUGCUGUUAGAUGGACAGCUCUGAGAGGGUGCGUGUCAUACAUCCUUGCAUUCGCUCUCAGGUUCACUUCAGAUGAACAUCGAGCUAGCAAAUGUAUGGAUGGCCACCUCCCACUCCACACCCAUUACCCAGUACUCAUUCCCACCAGCUUGUUCAACGGUCUUGAAGUCAGAAAGUCAUGUUUUGAAAUCAACGUCUCUACCAAGGGGCACUGGCACCUUGUGUCCUGUUCUAUGAGCCAGACGACCAUCCUUGCUGCCAACUCCCCGCCUGCAAUCAAAUGGUACUGCCGCCUGCCAACAUUUAGAUGGAUCUCGACCUCCAUUGCUACCACAUCAGCCCAUUCAACGCCCAAGAAAGCGAUCACCGCGUUGUCCCGAAAGGCAGAGCUCAGCCAUGCGACGCCAAGCGCCAUCUCAGCGGAUGUCCCUCUAAUAGAGCCUCGGAAAAUUGGGCGCACAAGCCAGCAAUAUCAUGGGUACGUUUCCCGCUGA